UAUGUAAAUUUAACUAUAUCCGAGAAGAAGCCUCCUAGGUAACGGCGUGUUCUUAUUCAGACGCGGCUGACGAAGUUGACUGUUGCCUGCCAGAUUUGCUCCUACCACAGCCAGCCAAAACCAGCCUCUCACUUUCCUUACCAAAUCAAACAUUUCAUCUUUCUUUUUAACUUGUUUUUCCACCCACAAUCCUUCCUUUUCACGCUUCUCUUCUCUUUCCUUUUAUUCCUUUCUUUCAUUCCUUCCCCCUGUCUUCCUCAUACCAUCAAAACCAAACCACCUUCUUCUUCAUCUUUAUCUUCAUCUUCUCUCUCAACAAACAAACAAAUACCAUUUGCCUAACACACUGGUUUUGUUUUGCCUUCUGCAUCUUCCUACUUUUUCUGUUCUUGUUUUGUGUUGUUGUGCACCCAUUUCAACUUUUUAAGCUUUUCCCUCUCUCUCAACUUCGUCAUACCACCAAAAGACAUAAUAAAGACUGUAGCUUUGCUUUGACAACAUCAUGGUACACUACCACCGCUCUCAUCAACCCAGAAAGCCUAAUGCAGACUCCACCAGAGAUGAAGACUCACACACCAUCAUCACCUUGGAUUGCUCAACCUCUUCCUACUACAUCAAGAGAACCAGGCCAAAGCUCUUGUCUUUUCUCCUUCUCAUCACCUUCCUCUCUUGCUGCUACGUCUUCGCUCCUCUUUUCCUUCCCACCUCCUUUUCUUUCUCUCACUUUUACUCUCCCGCUAUUCCAAGUCAUGGGAACUCAGAUGGGGUUGAUGUAAAUGAUUCUACUUGCUCCUCUGUUUCUGCUGGAACUAUUUGCUGUGAUAGAAGUGGUUUUCGUUCUGAUGUCUGUGUGAUGAAAGGUGAUGUAAGAACACACUCUGCUUCGUCUUCGAUAUUACUCUACAAUCGGAGGAGCAGCGAUAAUGUUUCUGUUGGAGAGGAACUCCAACAUGAAAAGAUCAAGCCAUAUACUCGAAAAUGGGAGACGAGUGUUAUGAAGACCAUUGAUGAAUUGAACCUUAUCUCAAAGAAGGUAAAUGAUGUUGGUGGCUGCGAUGUCCAACACGAUGUUCCAGCAGUGUUCUUCUCUAAUGGGGGCUACACUGGCAAUGUUUAUCAUGAAUUCAAUGAUGGAAUCAUACCCUUGUACAUUACUUCACAGCAUUUCAAGAAGAAGGUCGUGUUUGUGAUUCUUGAAUAUCAUAGUUGGUGGAUCAUGAAGUACGGGGACAUUCUUUCUCAGCUGUCUGAUUUUCCACCAAUUGAUUUUAGAGGAGACAAUAGAACUCAUUGCUUUCCAGAAGCCAUAGUUGGUCUCAGAAUCCAUGAUGAGCUAACUGUGGAUUCUGCAUUGAUGAAGGGUAACAAGAGCAUCGUUGAUUUUAGAAACCUUUUGGACCAAGCUUAUUGGCCUAGGAUCAGGGGUUUGAUUCAGAAGGAGGAAAGAAAAGCACAAGAGAAAUCAUCAGAAACCUCUGAACAACAGUAUAUUGAGCAACAAGUGCAAGAAAAUCCAAUGAAAAAGCCAAAGUUGGUUAUUCUUUCUAGAAGUGGGUCAAGAGCCAUAACCAAUGAGAAUUUGUUGGUGAAGAUGGCUAAGGAAAUUGGGUUUAUGGUGAAAGUCUUAAAACCAGACAGCACAACAGAAAUGGCCAAGAUUUAUAGGACUCUUAAUGCAAGUGAUGUCAUGAUUGGUGUUCAUGGAGCAGCAAUGACUCAUUUUAUGUUUUUGAGACCUGGCUCUGUGUUUAUACAAGUUGUUCCUCUUGGAACCACAUGGGCAGCAGAAACUUAUUACGGAGAACCUGCAAAGAAGCUUGGCUUGAAAUACAUUGGUUAUGAAAUUCAUCCUAGAGAGAGCACUUUAUAUGAGAAAUAUGAUAAAAAUGAUCCCAUUCUAAGAGACCCCACAAGCAUUAACAAGAAGGGGUGGGAAUACACAAAAAAGAUCUAUCUUGACAGCCAAAAUGUCAUAUUAGACCUCGGAAGAUUCAGAAAAAGGUUGCAUCGAGCUUAUAACUAUACACUCUCCAAAUCAAAACUCAAUCUUCAGCACCAACCAUUGUGAUUUUCAAUGGUUUCAUCAACCAUAUUCAUUCUUUAAUGUGUAAAGUAGUUUAUUUUUUUUUCUAAAAGUAUUGAUCAUACUUAUCAAGGCAACCUGCAAAGUUCAUAGUGCGACCUGCUGUGUACAGCAAGCAUAUAGAAAUGUAUACCAAGAUAUGUAAGUAAAAGCUAUAAUUUGUGAUUCCCUCACUUUUGUGCGAAAAAAGUUUUUCUAAACAUUGGUCACUUCACAUUCAA